AUGCUCCCGCCUGAUGAAGAGCUGACAGCAGAGCCUUCCUCCGGGACCACAGAGAUGAGUGUGGGCCAGAGCUGGCUCCGGUCCCCGUCUCUGGGGGCCCCUGUGUUCUGGACAUUGUUGCAGCUGGUGAUGGGUCUCACAGGUGUGAUGUCAGGCCUGUCCGCUCCAGAGGGGGGGUUGCAGUUGUCCGCUCCAGAGGGGGGGUUGGAGUUGUCCGCUCCAGAGUCCGUCAUCCUGCAGCAGCAGCAGCAGGACACGGUCCAGAUCAGCAGCAGUGCUCCUCUGAAUGAGACCGUGCUCCUGCUGCUCAACGUGACGUCCAGCUCCCACAGAAACUGGUCGACUGUGCUGUCCUUGCCCCAAGAGGUGUGGCUGACCGCUGGCAGCACAGGAGGCUCCUUUAACGUGACUGCACUGGCCGUGGGACAGAUCACUGCUUUCUUCACCUCCAACCACUCAGACCUGAGCGUGUCUCUGCGGAUCCGCUUCCAGGUGAUCCACAGCAGAGUGUUGGAUAUUCUCAGCGAGGUGAUUGGCUGGAUCUACUUCCUGGUCUGGUCGGUGUCCUUCUACCCACAGGCCUGGGAGAACUGGAGGAGGAAGAGUGUGGUGGGGUUCAACUUGGACUUCUUGGCCUUGAACCUGACUGGUUUCAUCGCCUACAGCGUCUUCAACAUCUGCCUCUUCUGGGUGUCCGCUGUGAAGGAGGAGUUCCUGAAGAAGAAUCCAAACGGAGUGAACCCAGUGACGGCCAGUGACGUGUUCUUCAGCCUCCACGCGCUUCUCCUGUGCUGGGUUUACGUGUGCCAGGCCGUGCUGUACCCGAAGGGGGAGCAGAGCGUCUCGAGGCCUGCUCGAGGCCUCUUGCUUGUGGGCUGGACUUUUGCUUUGGUCAGCCUCUUCUUGGCUGUGGCGCGGGUCAUCGGAUGGCUCGAGUACAUCUACUACUUCUCCUACAUCAAACUGGGCGUGACGCUGGUCAAGUACGUGCCUCAGGCCUACAUGAACUAUGCACGCCGCAGCACGGUGGGCUGGAGCAUCGGGAACGUUCUGCUGGACUUUACUGGAGGAAUCCUCAGCAUCCUGCAGAUGGUGCUGCAGUCUUAUAACAAUGAUCAGUGGAUGCUGUUCUUCGGAAACCCCACAAAGUUUGGUCUGGGCCUGUUCUCUGUGCUGUUUGACCUGCUCUUCAUCAGCCAACACUACUGUCUGUACAAGGCACUCCCAGAGGGGACAGAGAGGCUGGAGGAGUCAGAGGAGUCAGAGGAGUCAGAGGAGUCAGAGGAGCCAGAGGAGCCAGAGGAGCCAGUGGGGCCAGAGGAGCCAGUGGGGCCAGUGGGGCCAGUGGGGCCACCACUCCUUCCGUGA